AUGGGGCGAAGCUCACUCAAAUCUCAGGCCGUUCACAACGAGAGCAGGCUGGCAAUUAAUUUUCAUGCAAUACCUUGGAUGCUUCUUUCUUUGGGCUUGCUCAUGUUCAAUAUCAUACUAUAUGGACAGAAUCGACGACUUGAGGUUGCUGCAAAUGAUAACGGUUUUACAGGAAUAUACACCCAUGGGAAGACAUGGGAUCAGUUCCACACAUACACCGAGUACAGCGAUGUGAACCAGUCCAUUUCGGACGCCGCAUGGGAAUCCUUCACAACAAACGGUUUUGUUGCCAUUCCACACAACGAGGCAGCAGACUUUGGUCUUCCUCUCGCCGAAGACUUUCCCGAUGAUCCGAGUAAGGGGGUGUAUGUGCUUUCAGGGUUUCAUCAAGUCCACUGUGUGAUAUAUCUGCGAGAUGUAAUCACGGACUUGAGAGCCGGCAAAUCAGUUGACGAAAAACUCAUUCAUCUCAACCACUGUUACGAUGCUCUGCGCCAAGAGAUUCAGUGUCAUGCCGAUGACACCCCUCUCUAUGCUCCUUAUCGAUCAAAACUUACCGGAAAUGGCCAAUUCCGACGAUGUAGAGAUUGGAAGGCGUUGACGACUUGGGCGCAGGAACAUACUGCUUGCUAUCCUACUGGGCAUUGUGCAGAUCUGGCGCUAGUCCCUGGAGUCAUAUCUCUAUCACGCUCACGUAAGCGCGGGGGACCCGUAAGCUUUGCCAUCUGCAAUACUGUAACAUCAUUGCAUGCUGACGAUAUCGCUGGCGAGCAACUGUGCCCCAAGGCUAAAAUUUCCUUGAGUCAUGGCACAGCAUAUCAAUAUGAUAACUUAAUCACCAUCGAUACGUGCAUGAGCGGCGUAGAGAUAUGGUGCUAUACUUCAUUCGAUUCUGGCAAUAGUGCCACCCAACGACCUGCGGAGUUUUUCACUUGGUGA